AUGGUAUUCAGUUUGUUCUUCUUGAAGUUCCUUGCCUGUCUUUUCUUCCUGGACUCCCUUGAGGAUAUCAAACAUCAAGGUAUUGCAGCCUUCAAUUCAAACCCUCGCGAAUUUCAAGUCUUUCGCAACGUCAAGGACUUUGGUGCCAAAGGAGACGGCUCUACAGAUGAUACAGCCGCCAUCAAUGCUGCCAUCAGCAGUGGCAAUACUUGUGCCCCUGACUCAUGUUUAUCGAUCACUAAAGCCCAGGCAUUGGUAUACUUUCCAGCGGGCACCUACAUGGUGAAUUCUACUAUUAUUCAGAACUAUGGGGUCUCUCUGCAUGGCAACCCCAACUGUUUACCAGUCAUCAAGGCACUUCCCGCAUUCCAAAAUGCACCGGUGGCAAUAGGAUUGAUUGAUGGCAACCCAUCAUCUGCUGCGAUCGCCGCAAACAUAUUUUUCAGACAGCUCCGGAAUUUGGUCAUUGAUACAACCUUGGUACCUGCAAGUUUCAAUGUCACGGGGAUCAAUUGGCCAUCAGCACAGGCAACUAGUCUUCAUAACAUAGUUGUCAACAUGCCUACCGUUGAAGGAGUCCAGCACAUCGGGCUAAUGGGAGGUGGAGGGGAGAUGUUUUACAGUGACCUCGUCUUCAAUGGCGGUCAUGAUGGAUUCAUAAUCCCUGGUGGCCAAUCGAAUCUUCGCAACGUCACCUUCAACGGCUGUGUCACUGGACUCAAUCUUCAGACUUCUACCACGGUUACGGCUCAGGGAGUUGCCUUCAAUGGUUGCUCCAUAGCUAUUCAACAGUAUCAAAAUGUGACCAUCAUGGUACAGCUAGUCGGUAAAGUCGCAGUGCUCGCAGGUGGGACUAGCACCAUCUCGGGAUGGGGACAAGGUAACAAGCUGCAGGAAAACAUCGCCUCCAACUUUUCAGGAUCAUUAACUCCAACAAAGCGACCAAGUGGGCUCCUCCAGCCUGGAUCCCAGAAGUGGUUCUCCCAGGCCAAACCUGGAUAUGAAAGCCUUGCUGUCAAAUCAUUCAUCAGUGCUCGGUCUGCUGGUGCAAGGGGAGAUGGGCUAACAGAUGACACGGCGGCUCUUCAAGCAGCCAUUUUCGUCGCCGUUGCCCAGUCGAAGGUUCUCUUUCUCGAUCACGGAAGCUAUAAGGUUACGAGAACACUGUACAUCCCCGGUAACACGAAGAUCGUUGGCGAAGCCUUCCCAAACAUCUUUGCUGCCGGUGAAUACUUCAAGUCUCUUGAUCACCCACAGCCUCUGCUUCAGGUUGGCAAACCCGGCGAACGUGGAGCAACUGAACUCGUCGACUUUGUUCUAGGUACUCAAGGCGGCACUGCCGGUGCAAUUCUCAUUCAGCACAAUCUCGAAUCUUCCACUUCAGGAAUUGGUGGUUAUUGGGAUGUGCAUACUCGCAUCGGUGGCUGGGAAGGCUCGGAGCUGCAGGUUGCACAGUGCCCGACGACGCCAGGAGUGAAGAAGCCACCCGUUGAUGCCAACUGCAUGGCCGCAUUCAUGUCGAUGCACAUUACCAAGAGCGCUACUGGAGCCUACUUGGAAAACUGCUGGCACUGGGCUGCAGACCACGACAUAGACGAUCGCAAUCUCGGCCAGGUUCAGAUCUUUGCUGGAAGAGGCAUACUGGUUGAGAGUGCAGCUGGGAACAACUGGCUCAUCAAUACACCCUCGGAGCACCACUCCAAGUACCAGUACAACUUCGCCAACACCAAGAAUAUCUUCAUGUCAAUGGCACAGUCAGAAGAGCCCUACUACCAGCCAAAUCCAGUCGCCUCUUAUCCUUACCCCUAUAAGAAGCAAUUGAGUGACCCUAUCUUUUCUGGGCCUCUUAACGGCACCGAUGUCGCUUGGGCGCAAAUCAUGACCAACUCACACGACGUUGUGGUGUAUGGAUCAUCUUAUUUCACAUAUUUCGACGAUUGGAACACUGAUUGUACAACCUCUUCAACAUGCGCCGAGGUUUUAUUUAACAUCGACACCAAGUGUACUGGCAUAACAGUCUAUGGCUUUACGACUGACGCAACCCAAUACCUGGUCAAUCGUGGAGGUGUCAAUCUUGCACCCUCUGCCAAAAAUUUAUUGUUUUCUUACUUUAGUCAAACUGCUUUCUUUAAACAAAAAUAA